UUAAAGACGAAAAAACCCCGCUCUCAAAUAAUUAUCAAAUUUCCCUCUUUUCUUCUUUCUUGCAUCCUCCCCUACUUGAAGAAUUCCCGAUGUCCGGUAAACAAGAAGAAAAACUCAAGUCGCGGCCGAAAGAAUCAAGGCCACAGCAAUUACAGCUGCAAAAGGUCGUGUUCAAGCUGAAAGGGCGGCGGCAGCUGCAGCCCGUAAUGUUAAUUCUUACGGGCAAAAAGAAGAGGGACUGCGCAGAUGGCAAGAGAAAAGGGAAGCAAAACGGCACAUGUAUUUGAUGAGUACCGAAAAGGCGUUUCGAUUAGGUGAAAGGAAAGACAAUACGACAAUGUCUACGAUAGGUGCUUAGCAGUGCCAAAAGUGUUUUCAAGCCGGACAUUGGACAUACGAAAGUAAGAAUGAACGAGUCUAUAUGUCACAACCCUCGCGCACGUAGCAGCUUAAGAAUCCGAAAUUGAGGAUGAAACUUUCAAUCUCGUAUAAUUUGGAUAACCUGGAUGUUAAGGAUAGGAAUGACGGUAAUAGGUCUAAGAAAAGCAAGAGGAAGCAUCGGCGAGAUUCUGGGUCCGAUUCUGAUAGUGAGGCUUCAGUUUUCAGGACUGAUACUGGUGCCUCAUCAGAUUCUUCUUCAGCCGAGAGUAGUACGGAUUACAAUUCAUCAUCAUCCAAGUCCGAGGAAGAGAGAAGGCAAGAGAGGAGGAAGAAGCAGAGGGGGAGGCAUAGUAGAAGGUAUAUAGCUCAUCUUCGAAGCCUUCUGAUUCGGAUUCCAUUGAUAGGAGCAAACGGAGGAAGAGUUGAAGGCAUUGACAUCCAGCCUGUUCGUUGCUGGAUGCCAGUGAUUGAGCCUUCGGAAAUAACUCCGUAUAUGUCUUCUUUCCUUUUUCCGAUGUUUACAAGUGACAAUAGUUCCCAGUAGUUGUGGAAUCCCUUUAUGAAAUCAUUGUAGCUUGAACAUGUGUCUCUGGAUUUUUCGAGUUCCCGGCAAGCUUAUCUUCUCUUUGAAUUUAUGAUUUUACGAGUUUCCAGCUA